UAGUCAACUGAGGAGUAAUUUGCGAUGAACAAUGUAUGGUUUGAUGUGUGGUUUGGAGUUUCGAUUCUGAUGCUGCGGGAUGGAAUCUUGCGAAUUUUGGAUUAGGAGGAGGUGGAGGUCGUAGUGGCGUGUAGUGAAUACCCGUGCGCUUUGUCUCUGUGUCUGUGUAGUGUUUUUUAGUUUUUUUAGUUUUUUUUGAGAGGAAUCAUAGAGGGGAUUGCUGAAGUUGUGUGACAAGUUCGUCGGGGCAUUGAGAGCCGAGGUGCACGGUGGCCUGGUUUUCGGAGAUGGUUCGUUAGUGCGUAAUGCGUAGGCGGUUUCUGGGCCUUGAGUUUUGGAACGUGACGGUUUUGCAUCACUUUGGAUUGUUUUGGACCAUCUGUGAGAUGGAUUAAGAGUUGGGUGCUGAUGACCUGCUUCUCCUGGAAAGCUUUUGUGAUUAUUCGAAGUGUGGAUUUUGGGGAGGUGAUUGAAGCUACUUCCGGGUACUGAGUGUAGUUUUGGUGGAUUUGUCCCACUAGUCUUGUUUCGUCUUGGGGGCGAUUUGUGAAAAGGUGAAGGAGUAUGCUUCGCAAAUUUGCUUCCUAGAAGCGAAGAGAAGUUUGAUACGUGUAUUCGAUUGUCGUCAGUAGAUGCAGUGAGCUGAUUUCAUCAAAUGCGAUUUGCAUUACAAUCUUCCCGACAGAAUGGAUCUUCUCAAGUUAAGUUGAGACAUGGUGAAUAGGAAUUCGAUUUUAUGGGGUUGGGCAGAAAUCAUCGUAACAGGUUUAGAAUGACAGUUUGACAAGUCUUGAUAGUGACAGAAUAGGAUCAGAGUUCCAAGUGUUCGUCCCCACCAUGACAACAGAUUCUGAGCCUCUUUUGCGUUCGAGAAACUUGAAUGGGGCUGGCAUUAAAGCUACAGGACGACAGUGUCAUGAUGACGCGGAUAGAGCAUAUGAAAAAUCAGAGCAAAUCAAUGUCCAUUUUGGUGACGAACCAGAUACCGAUGAGGAAGGAGGAGAUAUAGACUUUCUUCCAAAAUUUUCAUGGCGUAAGCUGUGGAUGUUUGCUGGACCUGGAUUUUUGAUGAGCAUUGCAUACCUUGACCCUGGGAACAUUGAGAGUGACCUGCAGUCAGGAGCAACUGCAGGAUACGCCCUUCUGUGGUUACUAAUGUGGGCCACAAUCAUGGGGCUUCUUAUCCAACAGCUUGCUGCUAGACUUGGAGUUGCAACAGGUUGUCACUUGGCAGAGCUAUGCAGAGAAGAAUAUCCUGUAUGGGCUCGUAUGGUUCUUUGGGUCAUGACAGAGGUCGCCAUUAUUGGUGCCGAUGUUCAACAAGUCAUUGGAAGUGCUAUUGCCUUCAGGAUCCUUUCAAAUGGCUGGAUACCCCUGUGGGCUGGUGUGCUGAUUACUGGCAUCGAUGGGUUCUUGUUUCUCUUUUUGGAGAACUUUGGCGUUAGAAAACUAGAGCUUUUAUUCUGCGUUUUCAUUGGAAUCAUGGCACUUUCAUUUGCGUGGAUGUUUGGAGAGACCAAUCCAAAUAUCAAAGCUGUUGCCUCUGGCCUUAUAUUUCCGUCUGUUCCCAGAAAGGCCGUGGAUAAAGCUGUCGGAAUUGUUGGGGCUGUCAUCAUGCCACACAAUAUAUUUCUGCAUUCUGCUCUUGUUCAAUCACGGGAUGUAGACAUCUCCAAGAAGAGUCGUGUGCGUGAAGCUCUCCGCUAUUACAACAUCGAAUCAUUUGUCGCUCUUUUCAUCUCCUUCUUGAUCAACCUCUGCAUCAUGGCUAUUUUCGCAAAGGCCUUCUUCGGGAAAGACGAAGCAGAAACUAUUGGUCUGGCGAAUGCUGGAGAGUAUCUCCAGCGGAGAUAUGGAGGCGGUUUAUUCCCAAUUCUCUAUAUAUGGGCCAUUGGGCUGCUAGCUGCUGGUCAGAGCAGUACUAUGACCGGCACAUAUACUGGUCAAUUUGUUAUGGCUGGCUUCCUCGACUUACGUGUGAAGAAGUGGAUCCGAGUUCUAGUUACACGAGCUGUCGCCAUUGUACCCACUGUUAUUGUAGCUCUCUCCUUUGAUAGUUCAGAGAACGAACUGGAUAAUCUGAGCGAAUGGCUAAAUGUGCUGCAAUCCAUUCAGCUGCCAUUUGCUCUCAUCCCGUUACUGUGUCUAGUUUCUAACAAACGAGUUAUGGGUGUUUUUGUCAUCACCAAUAUUACCAAGGUGAUUGCUUGGACCAUCGCAUUGUUGGUGAUGACAAUCAACAUGUACUUGUUGUUCGUAUCCGUGUUCGGCAGCACUGUCGAGUCUACGGCGGCAUCUGUAGUCUUAGGAGUGGCCACUGCUCUGUACAUCGUCUUCGUGAUUUACCUGGUUCUAGAACCUGCGCAAGCGAAUGGUAAUUGGGUUGGCAUCAAGCGGGCGUUUGGUUUAUCCAGGGAGGAUGACGGUCUGAGACCACUAACGUCAUCAAAGGAUAGCGAGGUUACAAAUCUAGCAUCAAAUGCUGAGACGUAAUAGUCCAGAGAAUUUAGUUCGAAGCACGAAUGACUGGUCAAGUGUUCGAUACUUGAUUUUACUGGCCAAAGAUGACAAAUUGUGAAGUAGUUAUGUUCUUCCUUGGUACUGUAGUUGACAUAGUUUGCAUAAGGCGCUCGUAGAAAGUGUUGAUCCAUCAAGAUGUUCGUGAAACCAUUUUCUCUACAGCUCUUACUUGAAGUAAACACUGCAAGAUGAACUUCUGUGUCUUUGAGGAGUCUUCGCUGGUAA